AUGUACAGUGACGAUCGUGGGGAUGACAGAAAUUUUGCACACUAUGAGGAAUCAGACUUUCAUUGUUGUUGUUGUUUAGAGGAUGCCAUGCAAGCCAUUGCAGCAAUUAUUGACGAGAUUGCUUUAGAAGGAUUAGAAGGAAUUACAUUGCCUAUAUUAUGGAUGAGGAUUGAUCAACGUCAACCAAAAAUCGAUUUAACACUCGAUGAUGCGGCUAAAGAGUAUAUAUGGCAGAAAUUGGCGUCAUUACCUUGUGGCAUUAUCGAUUAUUUUAUUGUACCCCAUGCAAGAACAUACUCCACUUUAGAUGACAAUCUCAAUCAAUGCUCUACAAAUCAAUGCUUAAUGGACAAAGAGUCAAGUUGGCAUAGAGAGAAUGAUCCGUAUCCUUACAACUUAAUCAGCGACGAAACCAAUGGAAUUCGUGGCUCUUGCCGUGAUUAUUACACCCGUGAUAAGAUUACCAGCAUUAUCCGAAAUGAAAAUAAUACUGCCAACACGUCCUUUCAAGAGGCGACAGCAAUGUGGGAUGAUAAACUUGUACUUGUUGCAAAUCAACAAGUUAGAGACAGAGCAUUAUUUGGUACUGGGAAUAAUCCGUCCUUUUUUAACCUAACGGCAGAUCAAUUUUGUUUACUUGAACGUAUUGGAAGGGCAAGAUGGAGGGGAGAAACACAACGAAUACUGGCAAAGUACUUCCUUAAGCUUGAUUUUAAAAAUAUAUUUCGUAAAUUAAAAUUUCUUUGGAGGUUGAAAUUGAUAACUCAUCAAACGUCUCACGUAAAAUUAAAAUCUUCAAGUGUCAUUCGUAGCAAUUUAUUGCUUCUAUCCCGAUUUCAUACGCUUCAGCAGCAUAAUACUAGAGAGAGUAACAAGGGUCUUGCACGAACAACAUACAGAAAAGUCUGCCAAGCUCUAAUUGCAGAUGGUUUUAUUGAUAUUAUCAGUAAUAAACGAAAGUCCACGCCUCAGUCCUAUAUUAGACUAUUAAAAAGUUAUCAAUGCUCUGUUGAAAGUGAUAGCAAUGCAUCAACUGAAGAUGAUUCUGACAACGAUAUUUACAGUUUAUUUGAGAAGAAAAUGUAA